AUGGCAAACUUCACCUUUUCUUGCAUACUGAAAAUAUCUGUUGGUUGUCUGCUCUGGUGCAUAGCUGUCAUGCAGCAUCUAACUCUCGAGUGUGCAACCUGCUGCCUUUGCAUGGCGAAUGUGGGGACGGUGGCCAAGCUUCGCACAUCCAGUACAAAUGGCAACAGUACUGGCGGCGGCACGACAUUGUCAUGCACGGUAUGGUUUCCCGGCGACUGGCAGUCCGUGUCUGGUAACUUCGUUGGCCAGACAGCGCUGGACUCGUUUGUAUUCUACCUGCUUCAGUUUCCACCGCUGGCCCUCUCACUGCCGGAUACCUAUCCCGACCUCAACGCAACCCUGGCCGAGCACUGCGUAAUAUCCACCCGUAAUCACUGGGUCUUCACCCGUAAUUGUGCACGUAAUUGGUUACAUGCGCCCGUAAUUCACCUGCAGCACCGCGUAAUAUCCACCCGUAAUUCCGGGGUAGUCGCCCGUAAAUGUUCACCCGUAUCCUUGUGCUCAAAUUACGGGACCCGUAACGUGUUACGGACCCGGAAUUUCUGUCAAAUUACGGGUGGAUUGACCCAAAUUUACGGGUAA